UAUAUGUCACUUGUAUCGUGUAUCUAACCUAUAAACUAAUGGAAGUCAUUGUCGCAAAUCUAUAGAACGUUUACAAGACUUUUUUAGUUUUCUCAAAUACGGGAARAUUGUGAGUUCAAAAAGAAAAGCAAUGCCGUCGAAAAAGAAGAAAUACAAUGCACGUUUUCCCGCAGGACGCAUCAAGAAAAUUAUGCAAACAGAUGARGAGGUGGGAAAAGUCGCACAGGCAGUUCCAGUUAUAAUUUCUAAGGCACUAGAAAUGUUUAUAGAGUCGCUUCUAAAGAAAUCGGCACACAUUACAAAAAAUAGGAGUGCAAAAACGUUGACUCCAUCCCACAUGAAGCAAUGCAUUCUAUCGGAAAGCCGAUUCGACUUUUUAAAAGAUUUAGUAAAAAAUAUCCCAGAUGCAAGUGUUCAAGAGGAUAAUGAGAACAAUGCACUUGCUGAUUCAAACUUGAAUUUUGGAGUACUUCAAGAUGAACCGGGAACACCUUUGGAGCUCCGGCCCCCAUCCCGAGAAAAAACGAAAGAGAGCACUGCACCGUCCACUGGAAGUUCUCAUUCAGAACAAAGCAGUUCCAGAAGGAGUUCGACGAGCCGAUCGCCCGUCAUCCAAUUUGGAUCUAAAGCAACCAAGCCUGAAUGUUCCAAGUUUAAUUUUUCAGUUAAUAGUUUAAUAGGCAGUAAAAAUCUACUAUAUGAAGAACCGCAAUUACAUAUCGCACUUGAUGCGCAAGAACUCUCACAUUCUGAGCAAGUUACAUUAGAACCCACACCUAAUGCGGUUCCUAAUGAGAAACAAUCUCAGGAAGUCAUGCCGCCCAUGGUACCCCUCGCGUCCAGUUCUUAUGCCAGCAGUGGUACAGGAGACAAUUUGUUCAUUGACGAAGACUAUGAUAAUUAAGAGUGACAAUCCGUCGAAAGUGAAAAACAAAUUGCGUCUUAACGGCGAAAGUUACUUUUCCGAUUAUCUUUUUGUACAAAACGCUGACUUUUAGUUGAUAGAUUAGUAAUUUUAUUUAUUUUCGACAUUCAUUUACUUUCAUGGUAUCUUGUACAUAUAUACCAAAGUUUGUUGCUUAUAGUUCAGACCUUUCACCCAUGUGUGAUUUGAGUGUAUGUAAAAAUAAAUGUAAUACUUAUGUAUUUUUCCAUCAA